AUGAACAGGCCCCUUGUUAAUGCAACCCAUGUUCCAGAACUCGACGCUGCUAUGAACAGGCCACUACUUGAUGCAACCCAUGUACCAGAACUCGAUGCUGCUAUGAACAGGCCCCUGCUUGAUGCAACGCAUGAACCAGAACUCGACGCUGAUAUGAACAGGCCCCUGCUUAAUGCAAACCAUGUACCAGAACUCGACGCUGCUAUGAACAGGCCCCUGGUUGAUGCAACCCAUGUACCAGAACUCAACGCUGCUAUGAACAGGCCCCUGCUUGAUGCAACCCAUGUACCAGAACUCGACGCUGCUAUGAACAGGCCCCUGCUUGAUGCAAACCAUGUACCAGAACUCGAUGCUGCUAUGAACAGGCCCCUGCUUGAUGCAACCCAUGUACCAGAACUCGACGCUGAUAUGAACAGGCCCCUGCUUGAUGCAACCCAUGAACCAGAACUCGACGCUGAUAUGAACAGGCCCCUGCUUGAUGCAACCCAUGUACCAGAACUUGACGCUGAUAUGAACAGGCCCCUUGUUAAUGCAACCCAUGUUCCAGAACUCGACGCUGAUAUGAACAGGCCCCUGUUUGAUGCAACCCAUGUACCAGAACUCGACGCUGAUAUGAACAGGCCCCUGGUUGAUGCAACCCAUGUACCAGAACUUGACGCUGAUAUGAACAGGCCCCUUGUUAAUGCAACCCAUGUUCCAGAACUCGACGCUGAUAUGAACAGGCCCCUGGUUGAUGCAACCCAUGUACCAGAACUCAACGCUGCUAUGAACAGGCCCCUGCUUGAUGCAACCCAUGUACCAGAACUCGACGCUGCUAUGAACAGGCCCCUUGUUAAUGCAAACCAUGUACCAGAACUCGACGCUGCUAUGAAAAGGCCACUACUUGAUGCAACCCAUGUACCAGAACUCGACGCUGAUAUGAACAGGCCCCUGCUUAAUGCAAACCAUGUACCAGAACUUGACGCUGAUAUGAACAGGCCCCUUGUUAAUGCAACCCAUGUUCCAGAACUCGACGCUGAUAUGAACAGGCCCCUUGUUAAUGCAAACCAUGUACCAGAACUUGACGCUGCUAUGAACAGGCCCCUGUUUGAUGCAACCCAUGUACCAGAACUUGACGCUGAUAUGAACAGGCCCCUGCUUAAUGCAAACCAUGUACCAGAACUCGACGCUGCUAUGAACAGGCCACUACUUGAUGCAACCCAUGUACCAGAACUCGACGCUGAUAUGAACAGGCCCCUGCUUAAUGCAAACCAUGUACCAGAACUUGACGCUGAUAUGAACAGGCCCCUUGUUAAUGCAACCAAUGUUCCAGAACUCGAAGCUGAUAUGAACAGGCCCCUUGUUAAUGCAAACCAUGUACCAGAACUUGACGCUGCUAUGAACAGGCCCCUGUUUGAUGCAACCCAUGUACCAGAACUCGACGCUGAUAUGAACAGGCCCCUUGUUAAUGCAAACCAUGUACCAGAACUCGACGCUGCUAUGAACAGGCCACUACUUGAUGCAACCCAUGUACCAGAACUCGAUGCUGCUAUGAACAGGCCCCUGCUUGAUGCAACCCAUGUACCAGAACUCGACGCUGCUAUAAACAGGCCCCUGCUUGAUGCAAACCAUGUACCAGAACUCGACGCUGAUAUGAACAGGCCCCUGCUUGAUACAACCCAUGUACCAGAACUCGACGCUGAUAUGAACAGGCCCCUGCUUGAUGCAACCCAUGAACCAGAACUCGACGCUGAUAUGAACAGGCCCCUGCUUAAUGCAAACCAUGUACCAGAACUCGACGCUGCUAUGAACAGGCCCCUGGUUGAUGCAACCCAUGUACCAGAACUCAACGCUGCUAUGAACAGGCCCCUGCUUGAUGCAACCCAUGUACCAGAACUCGACGCUGAUAUGAACAGGCCCCUGCUUGAUGCAAACCAUGUACCAGAACUCGACGCUGCUAUGAACAGGCCCCUGCUUGAUGCAACCCAUGUACCAGAACUCAACGCUGAUAUGAACAGGCCCCUGGUUGAUGUAUACAAACCAUGA